ACAAAUAGUACACUACACAGGCCCUUAUGUCAUACCCUAUGUAGUGCGUCUAUGUAGGAAGAAUGUAGUCAGUUGGUAUUCACCCUUUGUGAAGUAGCCAACUGUGCUAAAGGGGCCGGGACGCGGACUAGCGGGGGCCGCAAAACACGUAGUUUGAACUUUGGCUUUUUAAUACAUAUGUAUGCUGAAGUUUUAAUGUAAGUGCUCUUUGAAAAACAAAGGACAACAAGAUGUUAAGAAGAAUAUACACCCGAGCUGAAGUUUAAUACAGGUCUGGAACACACAAAACACCUAGCAGCUCCUGCUCUAGAGACCCUGCCCAUCUGGCCAGUCCUCUAAAGAUGGCUGAAGACCAGAAGGCCGCUGAACUCCCAGAAUGCCCUGCAGAAUGUGGGGCCACAUCGGAAAAUCUGGACUUGUCCCUGAAACCUGAAGCCCUGUCCUCCAGCUCUCCCACUAUUGAGGAGCCAAUCAGCAUGCAGAGCCCCUCCAGGCCGCUGCCCCCUGGCUUACUGUCCAUGCCCUGCCUGCUGAAGGAGCUGCGCCGAGACUCCUCCCCUGAGGCUCUGCCACCGGAAAAAGGCCCUGCCACUUCUGUCAUUCAGAUCUGCCCUCAAGAGGACAGUGACUCCUCCGCCUACCUGCGUUCACCCUCGUCUUCUGGUCAUCUCGGCGAUUCGGACACUCUUUCCUCAGCUGAAGAUGAUGUGGAAUUGGCUGACGCUAAGCCUUCCCCUUCUUCUCCCUCUGACCCCACCCCCAGGAAGUCGUCACGCCGCUCACGAUCCGAGAGCGACGCGUCUGCUGGCGUUGCCAUGGUUGCCAAGAAAAACCGCUGUCAGGAGAAGCAGGCGAAUGGCGGGCGGAACCGAGAGCGGGGCAAGCGCAGCCAGAGACAUAAAGAGCGAAUGCGUCUGCUUAGGCAGAAAAGGGAGGCGGUUGCCAAGCGCAAGUCCCGCCCGCUGGAGGAUAGCAGCACUAGUGACAGUGAUGCCACUGCACACUCUUCAUCAUCGUCGUCGACAGCAUCGUCUGACAACGAGGGAGGGACAGCCGGUCUGCAUCCUCCAGCUGGCCGCCGUGGAAACAGCAUGGGUGGAGUCCUGGAGGAAGCGCUGACACGAGUGGCGGCCGCCCAGAGGCGUACAGAGGAAAGGUUCCGUGCGUGGAUGGAGCGAAUUAGCCGUCUCCAUUCCGGUGAGGACGAUGAUCAGUCGUACAGUGGGACUCCAGAAGGGCGGAGUCACGUUGGCUCAGAAGAAGCACCUACGGCCUAUCGGAUCAUCCGGCUGAACAAUGAAGCCUCUCCCCCCACGCUGAACUCUGCUCACAGCUGCGUCCUGGAUCCAAAUCUGCUAAACGUGUAAAGGAACGACACGCUGAGCUACUGAGAAAAUUCGAAGAAAAAUAUUUGCGCAAAAUAGAAACAUUCUAGCCAACAAUGCUGGAUAUAGUACACAAGGCCCACUGUCAUUUUGUCUCCCCCCUCCCCCCAGUUACUCACUUUCUUCUGAUCUUCUUUUGUCUUCUUUAAUCUUCUCUCUCUGUCCUCCUCUCUCUGUUUAGACUCCUUUAUUGGCAAAUAGGGUUGUUCCAAAAAUUUCCACAGUAAAAACAAACAAACAAACAAUCUAUUCAUAUCGUUGCUGUCAGAUUCAGUCAGUUUACCAAAAGCAUGUGCAAGACACUCAGAACUAAACCCAAGUGCUACAAACACAAGUCCUAAAGUAUUCCGUCAACACACAGCUGAUACAACAUCCAUAAAUAAUAUAAUUAUAUUAAUAAUUAAUAAUGAUAUAGCUGCAAGGAUCUCAGGUUCACCACCAAGGUAGUUAUGACUGCUUCGCAAAAGAGAAUCCACCUGGAUGAAUGCAUGUUUUUCUUUAUAUGAUAUUUUGAGGUAAGAACUUGUUUCUUCCAUAUUAUAAAUUUCAAUCUGGCAUUUUGGUCAAAAAUGAAUUCAUCACGUAGUCUUUUAUUUCUGGUGCGUACUUUAUUCUCCUUCUGAUGUGUAAUGUUGGCAUUAAAAAAAAAAAUCUAAACUUGGUUUUAUAAUUUUCUAGCUGCCAGCCAGUUAUCAUCUGUGAUGAACAUAGGAUAAGGACCUUGGCCAUGGUCCUGGAAAAGAUUUGCCUUUAGAAACAACAGUUACAAUUUAAGAAACAUGGUCAAUAUGCAGAACAUAGAAACUUGAGAUGCUGUUAGCUCAUUUUCAGGUCAUAUAUCCAUAUAUUUUGAUGCCAGUCUACUUCAUGCCACUAUUAACUUGACUGUGAUUGGUAACAUAUUAGACCACUCUGAAAACCUCUACUUUCCCUUGGACUAAUUUACAUAAAGUUCACAUAAUUUUUUUUUUCCUUCUAUUUAAGAUAGCUAUAUCGAAUUGUGUGUUUUUAAAGGCAAAUGUUACCCCAGAUUAAUAAGAAUUUGCCAAAAUCUCCCUCUUUGUGCCCACCGUCUCCACAAAUUGAGUGCAUAAAACUUGGUUUUCUAGCUAUCCAAGUCAGAUUACUUUGAUAACCCUGUAGGUAGACUACAAAGUCAGAUUCGCUUUGGCUUAUUAAAAUGCACCAUUGAAGGUACUGAAUGUUAUAAAAUCAGACUUGGAUACCUUGUGCAACUCUGCACAGAGGGAGAGUGAUCCAGUUUCUUCAUCAAUAUACAGAUGCUCUCAGGAGAAAUAAGUCUUCAAGAAAAGAGCAGGGGAUUAUGUACUGAUGUAUUCUUGUACACACUAUCAUUCCUUGCUGUGCGUGAGUCUUGGAACUUCUCUGACUGGUUUUUCAGACCAGACAGAUCUCGCGCACACAACAUUUUAAGUCUUACUGUGUUGCCUUGGGGGUGAAAAGGAAGAACCGACUCAUUGGUUGUGAUCUGGUUUGGCAUUGGUUUUUGUUUGUUUGUUUUUAUUACAUCACAUGCAUGUAAGGAACAGAAAAUAAUAAGAAGCAAUAAUGCAUGAACAGCUGCACUGUGAUGUUCUACUACUAAUAUAACUUCGAGUUACUCCGUACACACAUGCUAUGAAGUUCAAGCUAACCUCAUGCUCAAGUGUUGUGUAUCCGAGUCUCAUACUGAAGCUUGAUGCGGUCAGAAACACUGUACAAUGCACACACAGACACACAUCUAUAACUGUUCAGCAGUUUAACGCAAGUCACAAUGUCGGUUCUUGUGUGUGUUUUUGUUGUUUAUUGUUUGUUAUUUUUAAAAACACCAAAAAAAAACAAAUCCUUGCUUAUAAUCACAGAAGGGCCUUAACGAGAAAUGUUUAUUUUACACGCAUCUACACUUUAUGGAAGGAGUUAAAAGUUUACAAAUUUGUGCUCAAUAAGGACUCACUUCUUCAAUGACUUUGUUGAAUUGGGCUAGUGAACUGCAACAUGAAAGAGCUGAUGGAACUAAUGAACCAUUUUCUUAUACCUUGAUUAUCAUUUUCCUAGUAUUAUAAUCCGUUGGUAAUGUCCUUAGUUCAAAAUUCAAAAUAAAAGAAUGCUGUCAUGGAUUUCUGUCCAUCCUUUAUGUUUUGUAUUUAAUGAAAACACGAGGCUAUCCUCGAGACUGACCUUGAGUGUAUUGCACUUACUUUAAUAGGAACACCUGCUUAUUAUCCAUCUGACCAAUCAUGUGGUAACACUGCAGUGCAUAAAAUCCUGCAGCUUCAGGUCAAGAGUUGCAGUUAAUGUUCUUACAAACAUCAAUAUGCAGACUGUGUUCUCAGUGACUUUGACCACGACAUGGUUGUUCAUGCCGGACUGACUGGUUAGAAUAUCUUACAAGCUGCUGAUCAUGUGGAAACUUCACACACACACAAGUCUCUCGAGUUUACACAGAAUUGCAUGGAAAGCAAAAAAGAAGUGGCAGUUCUGCAGGCGGAAACGCCUUGUUGGUAAUAAUCAGAAUGGUUUGAGCUGAAAGAAAGGCUACAGUAAUACCGUGCAGAGCCGAAAAGCAUUUUAGAACACGUCAACCUUGUGAGACAUGGACUAUAACAGGAGAAGAUCAGGCUCCACUUCUGUCAGCCAAGAACAGUAAUAUGAGGCUAUAGAGGGCAUGGAUAGACCCAUACGAGAUGAAUCAAGAACGGAAAAAUGACCAGUGUCCGAAAUGGCGUACUGUCAGUUGAUUCAGUAGGCACUGAUCAGUUUAUAGAUCUGGACAUACUAUAUCCACCAUGUUGGCAUCGUCAUGUGACCUACAAUUGCAAAAACAUUAUCCAAAAAAUGCAAUUAUUAUUAUUAUUAUUACUACUUCUCUAAAUAUUAUUAAUACUAUACUAUUUCUAUAGUAUUAUGGAAUAGAGUAGGCUCCAUUCUGCAGAAUCUCAGCACACACCAAAUUUAUAAUAUUUAAUAUAAAAUGUCAUGUUUGGCAGGUCAGAUAAUUGCAUGGAUGACCAGAAGUACAGGUGACCAGUGAGUGUAUAAUCGAUUUGAUCGUGGACAAUUUGAGAAGUUACUCAUACAGUUUAAAAGUUCGGGUCAGUUGCUUUUGAGAUCUAAAAUGAGAACAGACAGAUCUUGCAUGGAUUGAGCAGGGAGAAUAGUUAUCUUAAUUUUUAUUCUUCUUUGGACAUUUCGAAUAGUAACGUAGAUAAUUCACGUUUUGAACUGCAUCCAGUAAAUAAGCAUUUUUUACCAGUUUGUAGCUGGUCUUUAUUUUCACUUACGUAUAUUAUAACCUGUUAAUUGACGUAGAUUAGUUGUUGUACUUCAUGCCUCUUUGUCCAGUAUGUGUGCCUUGUUAUUUGUGUAAUGUUAAAAAACAAGUACAAUUACUUAAACAUUUUCCUGUCUGUCUUAUAAAAUUACUGCCAUAUUAUUGCUCCAAAAGUCAAAGACAUAGUUUGAUGCUGUGUAGCUGAAUGGUAAGUUUGACUAAAGAGAAAGUUCUAGUAACACGAAAGGGUUUUCCCCUCUGGGAAAAAUAUGCAAACACUUAGAAAUGUAUUUCAAAACGAAAUAAGAUACAACAGAACAUAGGAAAUAAUGAUUUUGUCAUCGGCAUUUGUGGUAGUAAGUUAAAACUAAAACCGUUUGUGUGCAUGUGUGU